GCACCGUUACAAUCAGUUUAACCGCCAUCCGGCCCGGGUCCCACACCUGGUUUCACAAGAAUGGACAUCUUAUAGGCCACUUUUCGUCACCUUUGGAAUAGUUAGAAGACUUGCCUGUAGAAGUGCUCUUGUGUUUUUUUUAUUGUUUGAUUUUUUUUAUGCCUUGUCCCCUUUUUCAUCCCAGUCCUUUAUUUCCCUCUUAUCCUGCAUAGCCCACUCCCCUUUGCUUUCUCUCCCUCUCCCUUCUUCUGUUCCUUCCCUCGGUUGUUCCUGGACUGAUUUAUUUGGCCUGCAGCGGCAGAGAUAGAGGGAAAGCACCGGGCUAUAUUUGUCUGCUGCUGAGGCUGGACUAGCUUUAGGGUAGAUGACCUAGGAUCCUGUGUUUGGGUUUACCUGCUCACUCCAGCACCUCCUGUCUCCUCAGCAUCAGCUUUGCUUCGGCUAAGGACCUAAGUUUCUCCCGUCAGGAUAAAUGGACCUCCCCAGCACAGUGCCUUUCUCAGUGCUUUGCAGGCUGAUUUGGAUCUAAAACUCCAACCAGACUUUGCAAUUCAACCUCACUCCCAACAGACACUUUAAGUUUCCAGAGUGACUUCUCCUUGAAGGCAAAGACCACCUUGGUCAAGAGCGUUUCAGACACAGAUGCCAAACUUCUCGUCGCCCUACCAAAGGUGUCAGAAUUGAAGAAAUACUUUGAGGGAGCAGUCUCCAAAGAUCAGGGGAUGAACAGGAAGGAGAGGAUAGCCCGGCGCCUGGAGGGGAUUGAAACGGAAGCGCCCCCCGCUCUGGUGCCCGGUGGGUUGGUGGCCAACAGGAUGCUGGAGGAGGAUCCGCCGCGGUACACCCGUGCCUCAGACCCAUGUGAGCCUCGUGUGAUGGUGAGACGCUACGGCCGAGAGGAGCUGGAGGCACCACAGAAGAAGCUGUCGUCUCCAGACAGGUCAUCUCAGGUCAAAGGAGGCGUUGGCGGCGCCCGCCCGGAGCCCGUCGUGGUGUAUGUCGACCCGGUCACGCUGUCCACUGCCUCCACGCCCACAUCUGGCCCCACGGACUCCACCAGCCUCAGCUCCAAGGCCGAACGCAUCGCCCGUUACAAGGCCGAGCGCCGCCGGCAGCUGUCGGAGCGUUACGGCAUCCUCCUGGAUCAGGAGGCCGAAAUCGACUACACGCCGCGCUACCGUUCCAGGCGGGACCCGGACACCGCCGAGCACCAGGCGCCCGCCAGGCGAGACAGGGACAGGUCAGAGCCGGAGGCCCAGAGAGGGGAUCCCAGGGUGCCCUACAGGUCUGGAGUGGGCCGGGUCUACAUGAGGACACACCCGGAUCCUGCGCCUGCCGACACGGCUGGCCCCGCCCACCCACAUCAAGCCACACCCCCCAAUCAAGACAGACCCAAUCGGUUUUCGGAGCGGGAGAGGGCGAUGAAUGUGGAAAACUACCGUCGCGGUGGAGCUCAGGAGCGCUCUUCAAGAGCCAGGAAACAGGAGCAGCAGCAGCCGCAGCAAAAAGAGCCCACCCACCAAGGGACGGCCCCCCAGGAGCAAAACCCCGCCCCCGCCAGGGACUACAGCAUCGCCGCAGUGCCGAGCUCCCCCCGCACUGCCCGCCGGGCAUCCCUCCCCUCCCCUCGCUACGGCAUCUCACCUGGAGAUUUAUUCAUAGAGCAGCAGGCUCAGAGCAUCCUCAGCAGGCAGGGAAUCCGAGUAAGGGAACGAUUGUCCAGGGAUGAAUCUGUUCUGAAGCCCCAUGACUGGAGUCCCGACAGGCACCAAGCAAACAGGCACCGCGCUCAGUACACCCCACAACAUCCAGAACACCCCCAGCAAAGAACUGUUUCCCAGCCCCAGCCCAGCCCGGGCCACCAUCCUGCCCACGGUCAGACGACCUACCCUCCCUCCACCGCGGUGUACCAACACACCGGCCGUGCUUCGGACUCUCAGCCCUAUUUGGCCACAGCUGCUCAGGUGUCAGCUGGCAGACCCUCUGGACCCCCAGAGGUGCAACCACGAAGAAGAGUGAGCGCUGACCAAGUCUAUGCUGCCCACAGGGAGGCGAGACUGGAGGCAAGGCAGGCCAUCAAAGAAGAGGCCCACACCCAGGGCCUGCUAAAGAGCAGGAAGGCUGUGUUGCCCUCGGAGAUUCGGCGGAGGGAAAGGAGUGUAGACGACACUCACAGAGGUCGACACGAAGACAUAGACUGGCAGAACAUGAGCCCAGAGCAGAAGAGGGUAAGUCGUGGAGAGGAAGACUGGGACAGGGAGAGGCCGAAAGAGCGGGGAAGGGAAAGACAAGUUCAGAGGAUCAGAGAAAGAGGAAGAGAGCAGCUCUCCAGUAACGAAGUCCAAGAUGACCGAAUGAUCCGAUCUAUGCAGCCUUCCCACUCCUCUGCACACGAGCAGCUUUGGCAGCAUCAUUCCUCGGAGCCUGUUUACCAUCAAGAGCAGCAAGAGCACCAAACGCAGCAACAGUAUGACUCAAGAAAAGGAGAACAUGCUGCUCAGAAUCAGCAAGAACCUCAAAGACAACAUCAACACAACCCCCUGAGACAGCCGCAGGAGAACCAAAGGCAGCCUCAAGGACAACAGCAGGAUGAGCUGCGAGCACACGUGCCUCCGAGUAGGCACCAAGACUCUCAAAUAAGACAACAGGAGUCCCGCCUGGAGGAAGAGAUCGCGCCUCAGCUGCAACAACAAGAGCCCCAGCACCAAGCCUUUGACUCUGCCGUUUCUUUGGCCCAGGCCAAGCACAGAAGCAUGGAAGUCAGCGGAGGGCCCAAACCCAAGAUACGAAUGCGCUCCAUGUCAGACAUAGGCGUGAGCCAGCACUCUGUGAUGUACCGCAUGGAGCGGGCGGCGGCCAGCAAAGAAGGAUCGAGAAACGCCCCUCCUCCCGGGACGGCUAACGGGGAGACGGGCACCCUGGACACCAGGGUGUCCGUGGCACAGCUGCGACACUCUUACCUGGAGAAUGCCAACCGGAAACCCGAGUUUGAUGCCACUAAAGUGGACCUGUCAGCCAUGGAGGUGGAUCCAUCUGCCGGCGGCGAUCGGGACAGGGGAACUCGGAGGCCCCGGCGUUACAUCACACCGGGGGAGAGUCGCAUGUCGGAGAGGUUCAGGACCCAGCCCAUCACCUCUGCGGAGCGUCUGGAGUCCGACAGGUCUCGUCUGAGCCCAUCACAACUGCAGGACCCUGAAGAUGAGGAAAAGUUGGAUGAGAGAGCCAAGAUGAGCGUGGCAGCAAAGAGAUCUCUUUUCAGGGAGCUGGAGCGCACCUCAGACGGAAGCGUUCCCAAACCUCGCUCUCGAAACGCUGCUGUGGAGAGACGUCUGAGGAGAAUUCAGGACCGCUCUCACACUCAACCUGUCACCAACAAAGAGGUGGUCAGUGCCUCGAGUGACCCUUCCGCACCGUCACAACCUAUGGGCAUCCUCAUUCAUGCAAAUCAAGUUAGUAGCCACGCUGUGGAUGGCACCGGAGCGACGAGCAUCAGCGUUCAGGCGUCCUCUCAGCACAGCUCAGUAGUCCAGGAACAGGAAACUUACCAAAACCAGAAGCCGGGUCCGUCGUACAGCGCCGAAGGAGAGGGACUUUUCCAGGACCUGGGCCCGGAUGAGCCCGACCUGUCGGCGCUCAGCCUGACGGAGAAGAUGGCCCUCUUCAACCGCCUGGCCAAGCCCACGGGCAAAGCAGCCGAGGGGGCUCGGGGGGACACCCGCCAGCGCCGAGCAAACGCCCGCUUUCAGACCCAACCCAUCACCCAGGAAGAGGUGGAGCAGGAAGCUGAGCCUGGGGUCACCUCCGCCGUGUGCAACGGCGACUUAGAGGCCAGUCAGGGAGAACACCUUAAAAAUGGCGGCGAAGUCAAACUGGAGCCGCUUUCGGCCUCCCUGGUCCGAUCUCUGGCAGCCGUCACCUCCCAAGCUUCCGUCGCCACAGUAACCAUGACGGCGGGCCGAAGUGAUGAUGGCUUCCAUCUAGGGAAGUCCUCCGCCAUCCAGUACAUCCCUGCCCAACAACAGGCUCCCGGCAGCGCAGACUACCGCCAGGAGAGGGCGCAGAGGUAUUUCUCCAUGACCCAGAGCGAGGACCCGGGCCACCCGGAGCCUGAGCCGAACCCCGCCCCUCUCCUCGCUGAGAGCCAAGACAGAGCGUGGACCGCUCCGGCUCCCGCCUCCUCGGUUGGUCUCCGGCAGCAGGGGGAGGCGGCGGCGGAGGGCUGGAGAGAGCCAGAAGAAGAGGAGGUUGGAGGGAGAGAGCAGGGAGGAGCCAGAGAAGACAGGCUAGCCGGCAGCAUCCCGGAGAAGCCGCACUCCUCCGACAGGGACGGAGAGGACCGGCCGCAGCAUCCCCACCCCUCUGCCGAGUCCUCUUCGUGGCAGAGCCAGGCAGAGCCUCGGCCCGGCCGGAGAGCCCCUGACCGAGACUCCCAGGAGGGGAGGGAGAGGGAGGAGGGAGGAGGAAGAGGAAGAGGAAAAGGAGGCCACCUGAGAGAGGCUGCGGCACCCCACGCUGCCUCCACACAGGAGCAGGGAAAAAGCGGCGGAAGGGGCCAGGGAGGUUUUUCAGAUUUUCUGGAACACUCGGCGCCGCUGAGGCCGCUGGUGGCUAAAGUAUCAUCCAGGACGGUGUCUCAUGUUUCGAGCGGCCCGCCGCAGCAGCAAAGCGCGACUCAUCCUCCUCAGACGCUCCCCAAGCCCCUGUCGUACAUCCAGCCGCUGUCCCAGCCCCAGCCCCCGCCGACCUACCCCAAACCUUUCACCCACUCGCCACAAACCCAGCCCAAACCUCAGGGGUUCAUCCAGUCCCUCCCCAAGCCCUACCUGCAAACGCCCCCACAGCCCCCGCCCAAACCCCAGGUGCCUCCUCAGACCCCACCUAAACCGCAGUCCUUCCCCCAGACGCUGGUCAAGUCCAGGUCCCUGCCCCUAGAUCCCAGCGAGGACUUCAGCCGGCAAAGCGCCCACUCUGGAGAUCUGCUGUCCCCCACAGGGUCCGGAGACCACCUUUCUGACGGCAUGUCCGCCAAACAGAUGUCCAUCAAAGAGAGAGUGGCAUUGCUGAAGAAGAGCGGCGAGGAAGAUUGGAGGAACAGGAUCAACAAGAAACAGGAAGUGGUUAAAGUGGCGUCCACCGAGCAGCAGGCGCAGCAAUGGGAGACAGAGCAGGCCGACCAAAACAAGGAGGAAGGGGUGGUUUUUCAAGACUACUCUGCUGUGUCUGCGUCUGAACAGCUGUGGGAACCUGUCUUCUCCUCCACCUUUUCUCCUCCUAUCUCCCUCGGCCAAAAGUGUCAGUAUAUUGACCAUCACAGCCAGAAGGUUGGAGAGGAAAUUGAGGCCCAGAUGACCAUUGAGGAGAGAAAACAGAUGAUUUCAAUACGUGAGGAUGCCUGGAAGACAAAGGGCAAAGGAGCAGCCAAUGACUCCACGCAGUACACAGUUGCUGCACGGAUGGUUAAGAAAGGCCUGGCAGCCUCGGCCUCGGUUAUCAGCCCCAUCCUGUCACCAGUCUCCACUAAACUGAAGAGCAGCACGCCUGCUGUCAACAAACCACAAGAAGAAAUUGAAGCCAGGCCAGACAUGGAAUCAGAUAAGAAACUAGACAAGCUGGAGAGCUUCCUGGGGCGUCUGAACAGCAAAGUGGCUGGUUUGCAGGAAACCACCAUAACAGUGACUGAGAAGGCAGUGAAGGAAGUGAUGAAACUGGACGAUGAAAUCUUCUCCAAGUUCUACAGACACGUGGCUGAGUUUCCCCGCAUGCCCACCAGGAUUGAAAUCACAGAAGACUUUGACUCCAUCUUUGGCUCUCAGGGUCCCAAACUGACCUCAGCCAUGGUGCAGCACAAGCGGUCAGUUCGUCCGUCCAGGAACGUUCAGUCCUCCAGAAACCCUGUGAAGAUGCUGGCGGCCAGGGAGGACAUCCGGCAUGAGUACACGGAGCAGAGGCUGAACGUGGCACAGCUGGAAAGCAAAAGGAUGAAGGCUGAGAAAGUCAGCAAAACCUCUGAGUACUCGGAGGCUGCUCUGGCAGGUCUGGCCAGCAAAGAAAACUUCAGCAGUGUGAGUCUGCGUAGCGUCAACGUGUCUGAGCAGACCUCCAACAACAGCGCAGUGCCCUUCAAGAGCCUCAUGCUGAUGCUGGUCAAAGGCCGCCGUCAUGUUCAAACCAGAUUGGUGGAGCCCAGAGCGUCCUCUCUGAACAGCGGGGACUGUUUCCUGCUGGUCACUCCGGAGAACUGUUUCGUCUGGGUCGGAGAGUUCUCAAACGUCAUCGAGAAGGCCAAAGCUAUGGAUUUGGCCACUUUCAUCCAGACGAAUAAGGACAUGGGCUGUAGAGCGAGCGAGGUUCAGACCGUGGAAGAGGGAGUCAACCCACAAGGUCCCGACGCGCAGCAGUUCUGGUCAAUCCUGGGUGGACAGAUGGCCUAUCGGCGUAAGGCGUCAGGCAUGAAGGCUCCCACAGAUUGUGUUUGUGCUGCCGUGGUUAAAUCCCACUGCCUCUGCCCUGCAGCGGCGGGUCCAUCGGAGGAGGACGAGCAGUUUGAGAGCGGCAUCGUGGAAACCAACUGCAUCUUCAGACUCCUGGACGACAAACUGAUUCCUGAUGACGACGAGUGGGGGAAGAUUCCUCGCAGCUCCAUGUUGGCAUCGAAGGAGGUGCUGGUGUUCGACUUUGGCAGCGAGGUGUACGUGUGGCAUGGCAAAGAGGUGACCCUCGCCCAAAGGAAGGUCGCCUUCCAGCUCGCCAAACAUCUGUGGAACGGGACGUUCGACUACACCUGCUGCGACAUCAACCCCCUGGACCCCGGCGGCUGCAACGCGCUCAUCCCCAGGAAGGGCCAGGGCCGCCCCGACUGGGCCAUCUUCGGCAGGCUGACCGAGCACAACGAGACGGCCUUGUUCAAGGAGAAGUUCAUGGACUGGACUGAAGCGAAGUCGCCCACUCCCAAAGAGGGGGGCGAGCCUCCGCCCGAGCAGAAGGAGGCUCCUGGACGAGGCUGCCGGCCUUACGACGCCAACCUCAUGCUGACUGUCCUCAACUCGCCUAUUUCCACCAUUUUGGACGGGGUGAACGUGGGCCGGGGCCACGGUCCCGUUGAGACCGAGGACCACAUGAGGGCUCAGGAGAUCACCACGGCGUCCGUGGACGUCUGGCACAUCCUGGAGUUCGACUACAGCCGCUUGCCACGCCAGAGCAUCGGCCAGUUCCACGAGGGAGACGCGUACGUGGUCAAAUGGAAGUACAUGGUCAGCACCUCGGUGGGCCGCAGGCAGAACCCUGAGGCCAGGAGCAGCGGGCCGGGGAAGGAGAGGUGCUGCUACUUCUUCUGGCAGGGGCGACACUCCACCGUCAACGAAAAGGGGACGUCGGCACUCAUGACAGUGGAGCUGGACGAGGAGAAAGGGGCUCAGGUCCAGGUGCAGCAGGGAAAAGAACCGCCAUGUUUCCUGCAGUGCUUCAACGGAGGGAUGAUCGUCCACGCUGGCAAGAGGGAGGAGGAGGAGGAGAACACUCAGAAUGAGUGGCGUCUGUACUGCGUGCGGGGCGAGGUGCCGGUGGAGGGCCACCUGCUGGAAGUGGCGUGUCACUGCAGCAGCCUGCGCUCCAGAGCCUCCAUGAUCCUGCUCAACAUCAACAAGGCCAUCAUCUACCUGUGGCAUGGCUGCAAGACGCAGCUGCACACCCGCGGCGUCGGAAACACGGCCGCGCUCAAGAUCAAAGAACAGUGCCCGCUGGAAGCAGGCCUCCACAGCAGCAGUAAGGUGACCAUCCAUGAGUGUGACGAGGGAGUGGAGCCCCCGGGCUUCUGGGAGGCGCUGGGGAGGAAGGACAGGAAGGCAUACGACUGCAUGCUGCAAGAUCCAGGCAAAUUCAACUUCACCCCGCGACUCUUCCAGCUGAGCAGCACAUCGGGAGAAUUUGUAGCCUCUGAGUUCUUCCACCCAUCCAGAGCUCCAGACCUCAUCAGCUCCCUGCCGUUCCUGCAGGAAGACCUGUACAACGCACAGCAACCUGCUUUGUUCCUGGUAGAUAACUUCCACGAGGUGUACCUGUGGCAAGGCUGGUGGCCCCAGGACAGCGAGAGCACGGGCUCAGCCCGCAUCCGCUGGGAUGCUGACCGAAAGUGUGCCAUGGAAACCGUGCUUCAGUACUGCAAAGAAAAGAACGAGAAAAAGCCUCAGAAGUCGUACCUGAUCCACGCCGGCCUGGAGCCGCUCACCUUCACCAACAUGUUUCCCAGCUGGGAGCACAGAGAAGACGUGGCUGAGAUAACAGAGAGGGAGGCGGAGGUGUGUAACCAGAUCAUUUUGGUGGAGGACGUGUUGGCCCGGCUGUGUCAGAACAUCUUCCCUCUGGCUCAGCUGCAGGCCAGGCCCCUCCCGGAGGGGGUCGACCCGCUCCGGCUGGAGAUCUACCUGUCCGACCCGGACUUUGAGAAAGCUUUGGAAAUGACGAGAGAGGACUAUGAAAGUCUACCAGGGUGGAAGCAAGUGAACCUAAAGAAGGCCAAAGGACUUUUUUGAGCAGGGUUUUUCCCCCUGAAGUUGGCGCGUGAAGCCGUCAAAGACUGGAUGAGGGAGAAGAGGAUGGAAGAAAAGUAACCGAACCGACAAGAAGAACGAGAUGGAGACGCGCUGGCCUUGCUUAUGCUCAUGUAUUACUUCUUGACCGUGUCCGUACUUAACUAAAAUAAAUCCAAGCGGUGUAUCACCAGGUGAACACACCUGGCUUUGGUUCAUAGAUGGUGUUUGUGUGUCUUUAAAAAACCUCUUCCAAGCACUUAAGUCCCGGCUUGUGGACCCCUGGAAGACAACACGUGGACGCUUGCUGUCAGAGUGCCAUGACGUUGGUUGCGUGUACGCGUGCGACUGUAUAUAAUGUUUGUGUGUGUAAACGUUCGUGUAAAUGUGCAUGUAGGCGCGUUUGUGACUUUGUAUCCAUGUAAAGGAAAACAAAAAAAACAAACCGUAAUGUGUCAGGUUUCACGAGGAAAGCUGGAUGGCGUCAGGCCGGGGAGGCGUGAGGUGACCCUGGGUGACCAGAGGCGAGCUGGGACCGAAAGGUUCGACUUUACAGGCGUCGGAGAGACAGCAGCUUGAGGAAUCUGAAUGUAUAGUGCCUUGCUUUUUGUGUACAGUUUAUAUACAGAAAUCCUAGUCUGCAUUUUUAAAGACUUUCUUUGUGAUAUAAGACAUAGUGAAUAAAUCCCAAUAAUGCUCAACUCAGACAAGAAGUGGUUGUGUCUCCUUUGCUGCAUGUGGUGCAUGAAGGAAUUAAGAUCUCUUUUUCUAAAUGUAUUCAAGUGGUAAAAUUGUUUCAUUUUAAACUAGGUAGAGGC